AUGAAGAAUGAACAGCUCCCAGUCAUCCAUUGCUGUAGCAUCUCUACAUCAGGACGGUGGUUUAUCAAUGAGGUGAUGUAUGGAAACUUCCAUUGCAGCUACCAUUAUGGCCGCCCGCGGUACCUGCUCUCCGCGGGGGAAGGCGCUGGCCCUGGGGGCGCUGCUGUGGCUGUGGGCAGGAACCGGGUGUAUCGCCUCAGCCUGCAGGAUGAUGUGAGGCAGAAAGUUCACCUCAGCACCUUUGGCUUCUUCAAGAGUGCGUUCGUGAUGGUCAGUGUCAGCAACCUUUCACUGAAGGGACCUUGGAGCCUUGAUGACAAGAGCAACUCAGCAUGUUUGGCAUCCCUUCAGCAGCUACUUACCACUCUGGGGGUAGUUGGUAACACUUUGCGGAUGGACUCCAGUGUAGAAGUGAGAAACUUUCUUGAAUGUAAUGGAGCCAAGUGCACCAUUUUCGUAAAGAUAAAGGAACUGUUUCAUUCCAGCUCUGAAAAUGAAGGUCUGUACACUUUCUUCCACAAGUGUGUUGGCAGUGUUGUGCAGACCAGUGAUCAGCUCCUAUUGAGCCUUGAUAUAGAGAUCAAGGAAAAGAAUCCUGAAAGUUACCUCUCGGCGGGUGAGAUCCCACUUCCAAAGCUCUACGUUUCUAUGGCUCUCCUCUUCUUUCUUUCUGGGACCGUGUGGAUCCACAUCCUUCGUAAAUGCAGGAAUGAUGUGUUUAAGAUUCACUGGCUAAUGGCAGCCCUCCCUUUCACAAAGUCUCUGUCCUCGAUGUUCUGUGCAGUAAAUAUUCUCUAUUUGUUUCUCCCAUAUGGGGGAAGUGGAACAAGUAUAUCGGGGUGGGGAUCUGUGUAUCACUGCUAUAUUUGUUCCUUUUUCAGGCUGAAGGACCUUCUGCUGUUCAUCACCAUCAUACUGAUCGGCACUGGCUGGGCUUUCAUUAAACACCUUUCAGAUAAAGACAAAACGGUCUUUAUGAUUGUCAUCCCGCUACAGGUCCUGGCAAAUGUGGCAUACAUCAUCCUAGAGUCAACAGAAGAGGCAACAACUGACCAUGGGCUGUGGAAAUGAAUUCUAUUCCUGGUAGACCUACUGUGUUGUGGAGCCAUCCUAUUUCCAGUAAUUGUAUGUUACAUUUACUUCACACAGGUCAUUCCAAUUGUCGUCAAGUUUGCUGUUCCAUUCCAGUGGAAAAUUUUAUUGCAGCUGUUGGAUGAAAUGGCAACGUUUGUGUUCUUUGUUCUUACGGGGUACAAGUUCUGUCCGGCAUCAGGUAACCCUUACCUACAUCUCUCUUAGGACGAUGAAGAUGACUUGAAGGUGGAAGUUGUGGUGGCUUCUUCAGGGGUGAUGAAAAGCAGGGAGAAGGCCAAGAAAGCGGUAAAUGGUUCAGCAGAGCCCCGGCACAAGUGGAAGAACACAGCACGAGGGGCCGAUUCCCCUGGACCAAGGCAGCACUUUCCGAGAAAAUGUUACUGUACUAAUACUACUCCGUGGAAAGGGAGCAACCUGAGCUUCCCAACGCUGGGACUGCAGACUGGGUGUGUGGAGGGGAGCAAAACAUUGCAAAAAGCUAAUUAUUCCUCUUUAAGGAUAUGGGCUUAUUAUGGGAUAGUGUUACACACAAGGAAUCUGGAGCUUUCUUAGGGAUGCUGGGUGGCUUAUUUGCCACACACACACACACACACACACCCACCCACCCCUUUCUGGAACUAUUAGGACUUCUAAAUUGUUUGCAGUUGUGUUCUCUGGAGUGUGUAAUAUCAAUGUGAAGAGAGACCUAUAGUGUGUGUGGGUAAAGUAGAUAUUUAUAUAAUGCAUAUACACACAUGCUGUGUGACACCUACGCUGGAAAUUAUGAAGUGUCAUGAAAGGUGGGGAAGUGGGAGGGGCCAUCAGAGGAGCUCAUUCUUGUGGAAUGAAAAGGUGGGAGAACCCCUGAAAGAAUUCUGUGACUAGCCUCUACUGCAGCACGAGUCUCCCCUCUUUUUAUAUUGAGCCAUAUCGCCUCUGUUGCGGGUGGCCUCUUGCUUCUGGCUAGGAUGUGUAGCAUCAAUGAGACUGCUGCCUAAGCAGCUGAAUCAGUCAGGAAGGCAUAUAGACUGCAGCUACCAGAUACCAGGCCUUAAUCUUCAUGAAGAGAUCUGGACAUUCAGUGUUGAGGGCGCUUCUACAGAAGAAUGGCAGUGUGGGGUUCCAUCAUGUAAAUAUGCUAACACCUCUCAGAUCACAAACCCACUAGGGAUUGGAUUUGGUGAAUGACAGUUGCAGAACUCAAGUCUCCAGGGACUGGAGAAUUGGAACCACUGGGAGCUUUGUCCUUUCAAUAAAGACUGGAACAGGAUGCAGUGGAGUUUGGUUUUAGAAUGUUGAUUCAUUUCUCUUUUGGACUGGAGUUGAGAUCGCAGAGCUCUUAAUAAAUGAAU